UAAACCAUUUUCAGAAAAAGGUCGUACAACUCUUGUGAGUAACAUUCAUAAACAGCAAGUUGUAUGUUUAAACAUUCCUUGUUUAUUGUUAUUGGAAAUUAUCGGUAUUAUGUGAUUUGGGUGAAAAGGAUAUUUUUGUAAAAGCAACCAUUAGUGCCACAGUAAAUAAAUAGUUUAUUUAGACUGAUACCUGACGCGUUUGUACUCGUAGAAGUAAUAGCGAAAGUUAAACCAUUUUCUGAAAAAGGUCGAUGAAUUCCAGUGAGUCUUUUUUACACGCACACACAAAGCCAUUGCGCAACAUUGUGUAUUACAUUUACUCUACUGGACCCUGAAAGCAUCAUGCCUCGUUCGUACGUGGACAACGCAUAUAACCGCAGCGUUGGGCGCGUUGGGAUGCCUGUUGGCAGUAUGGUUAUUUCCAGGAGCGGAGGCGUCGGAGGCGGUGGCGGGGGUGGUGGCGGACUCAGCUAUGGCGGUGGUGAUUAUAGCGGCUUUUCGGGGUCAUCCACCAAAGCGUAUGUUGAUAAUUCGUACAACCGAAGUGUCGGACGAGUGGGUAUGCCUGUUGGCAGUAUGGUUAUUUCCAGGAGCGGCGGCGGAGGCGGUGGCGGAGGUGGUGGCGGAUUCAGCAGUGGAGGUGGAAGCGGAUAUAGCUAUGGCGGUGGUGAUUAUAGCGGCUAUUCAGGGUCAUCCACCAAAGUGUAUGUUGAUAAUUCGUAUAACCGAAGUGUCGGACGAGUGGGUUUGCCUGUUGGCAGUAUGGUUAUUUCCAGGAGCGGUGGUGGUGGCGGAGGUGGUGGCGGACUCAGCUAUGACGGUGGUGAUUAUAGCGGGUAUUCAGGGUCAUCCAGGGCCAAAACGUAUGUUGAUAAUUCGUACAACAAAAGCCAGACUUUAGAUCGGGCUGGACUUCCAAAGGGCAAUCGGGCUGGACUUCCAAAGGGCAAUGGGUGGCGCCCGGCGCCAACGAAGUGCGGCAUCGUCGAGAUACUGAACAAACUUCUAAAUGGAGAAGAGUUGGUGGGAAAUGAGUGUUGUCCUGAUAGAUAUGAUGACGACUUCUUCACCUGUAGAACAGAGUGCGAUGACCAAGAGCCGUUUGAUCAGGCCAUGUACCAUCUGAACAGACAGAAAAAAGAGGAAGAGUUUAAAACGACACCCCAAAAAAAGUCGGUGGCAUUUGCGGGCAGUCAUGAUAUCGAUGACAACUUAUUAUCCGACGCACAAUUCCGGAGCCCUAAGGUGUACGUGGAUAACUACAUGAACCGGAAGCUGGGUCGCGCUGGUAAGAUCGUUGGAACGGCCGUGUACCACAAGGACACGGGAGAAAUCACAAAGGAGUAUUACGUGGACAACCCACAGAAUCGGAAGUUGGGCAGGGUGGGGAAACCAAGAGGGAGCCUCCCGGUGUCUAGGAAGUACGACAACUCCACUGGCAUGCAUCAGGGGCGGGAGCAACAGCUGAAUGGAGAAGAGGGCUAUUGUGGUAUCAAUGACGACUUCUGCUCCGGAAAAUCAGAGAACAGUGAUUUGGAGGCCUUGUUGCAGAUAAACAGACAGCUUGAAAGGAUGGAUCGGAAACCGACCUUAGAUCAUCUAAAGUAUCUGGAACUUCCUGUUCCCAAUGACGACUUCGGCUCCUGUAUAUACGGUCUCGGUUACUUCGGCUCCUGUAUAUCCGGUCUCGGUUACCUGGAGCCGUUUGAGCAGGUCAUGUACCGCCUGAACAGGCAGUAUGCAGAGCCGUCAUCGGUUCAUCUUCCGGUCUCAUGCCCGUUAUAAGCAAAUAUAAAACGUUAAUAUAACAUUGUGUGAAAGUUGUGUUAUGAUAAGGCGUCAAAUAAUGUUGUCACAACGUUGUGUCAUCGAAAGUGUCUCAAUUUAAGCGUUAAUAUUUUCCACUUAUUAUCACUAAUUCCACUAUAUGUUAUGAAUAUUAUAAUUGAAUGAAUAAUUAAAGGCAAGCAUCUUUUAAUGGUUUGCUAGAAUUAGAAUGAUAAUGAUGUUUUAUUGAUGGGACAACGUUAUGUUAACGUUGAUCUAACAUUGUGUUAAAGACUGCGAGACUUUUUUGAAAGACGCAUUUUCGAUUUAAGAAAUAUAAAUUAAUAUGGGUAUAUACUCUCGAUUUAUUAUCUUAAUCGAAUAUUAUAUAGUUUAAAAUAUUUUUUAAAUGAUUUAAAAAAAUGUAUCUUGUUUGAAAUGUAAAUAAAGACGGCCACCGGGCUUUUAUCAAAAGUGGUGGAUAUGUUGACCUGUUAAGGAUACACUGAUAACAUCACGUUAUAAUGUCAAUGAACCAAUCACGCAACACCACAUCCGUAAUUAAUUCUCAAUCGCGUUAUAAACGCUUAUGAAAAUUGUGGUCUUCAAAGACGAUAUUUGAGCAAAUAUCAACAUUCGCUGAAGGGUUCCAGCUUUUGGUAUUUUUGUUUUAACACUCCUUAUGAAUUGCCACACUUCGUAAUUUAAAAAAGUGCAUUUUACAAACCAUGAGCGAGUCACUUUAACAGACAAUUAGUAUACAUGUAUGCGGGCGUGUUGAACGAAAUUAGGAAUAUCAUUGAAAUUGCAUGAAUUUAAUGGCCCGAAACUCUUUUAUUGGCAAAUGUGUGAAGCAGAAUCCAUUCAAUUAUAUUGACGAUUUAUUGCACAUGCUCUUACAUUUCGUUUAAGGAAGUAUUUCUUUUAUUUCCUUUUUAUUAACGGGUAUUCAUCUUCCUGAAUGAAGGUUGGAUGCUUUGUUAAAGCUGCACUCCCACAGAUUGACAGUUUUGACAUUUUGUUUAAGCUUUGUCUCAAAAUCAGCUGCUCUUGGUAUCAAUGCCUUCAAUUCAGUCAUAUAAGAUAACUCAAAAUAGAACAGAUCUCAAUGUUUGAGGAAACUGCCGAACAUUUCACAUUUCUUAAUGCGUUAGUAUAGCUUUCAACCAUAAAAUAUCAAUUCUCAAACUAAAUAUAAAAAUAAAUGCGAUCUGGCCCGAAUAUCACGAAAAUACUUAAGUCAAAUCUCAGACUCAACUCAUUUUACCACUUAAAAGCAGAGUAUUUUUCAAACUCAUGAAUGUUUGUAUACUUUUGAAAACGUGUUUUCUCAUUGAGUCUGUUAUUGAGAGAUUUUGACAAUAUUUUAAAACUUAUUCUUGAGCAAAAAAUAUAGUUGAGUAAUUGUUAAAAGGCAAUGAAUUGUACUCCAGUACAGUGUUGGUUAUAUAAUAUGUUUCCACUGGAAUCUGGACUAAAGGUUUUAAUCAACAUAUUCAGUGAUAGAAUGUGUUUUAAAAAUGUGUAAAAGCAUAUAUAUUUUUUAAAUUUUGAUGUUAUAUGGUAAAAUGAGUUGAGAUUGAGUUUGAGAUUUGACGUGACGUGAAGUAUUUUCGUGAUAUUGGGACCUGAUCUUUUGACAGCAGUCUUAUAUCACUUGUGUCCAGACAAUAAAGCAAAAAUUGGUUCACCCCAAGACAGAAAAUAAAAGUAAAGUUGUCAAAACGCUUAAUAUGAGAGUACACCUUUUAGAUUGGUUAAUGAUAUUUUGUUGAAAGCGUUGUCAUUGUACAUGUAUGUGCCAUUAUUAUGGCUUUUAUUGCUUUUAUUCUUAUUGUUAAUGAUUGUUUUGUUGUCUUAAGAUGCUUUGUUAGAUUGUUUUGUUAAAGAUUUGAAAAAAGGUGCAGACAACACGGUAUUUCUACCUUAUUACUUGAUAGAAGAUCACAGUGAAUAUUUUAGUAUUCACCAAUCAUUUAAUAUUUUUGCGUUUUCAGCUAUUAAAUACACGGUUACAAUCUUGUUAUCAGUACUUAAUAUUUUCCAUAUAUGUAUUAUUUAGUAAUUCUUUAAAGGUUUAUCACUCAAAUUUUAUGUUUGUAAAACAUGUGUAUGGAUUGAUUUUGAAUAAAAGUGUCACUUUUAAUACUUUGUAA